AAAACAAAUCUCAGAUCAGAUAUACUCGCGCACUCUCCUUAACAAUUACAGAGUCUUCUUCGUAGGUAGAUUUUCGUAGCAAAAUACCAAUAAAUAAAGGCACCAAACAAAGAUCAAACGCUUGGAGGAAACAUUCACCAUUUUUCUCUUUUCCGUUCUGUUCUGUUCUGCUUUGCCCCUCUUUUCUCCCAAUGACUACUCACCAUUCUCUCUCUUUCCAACUCCUCUGAGCCUCGCUCGUUAGGUUCUCUGUCUCUUCUCGGAGACCCACAAAACAAUUUCUUAUUUAUUUCCUUCUCAAACAAAGAACCUCUAUUUCCCCUUGGCUGCUCAGAUCUAGUAUUCCUCAAGUCACAACCUUUUUUUGUUCCGUUAGCGGUGUGAGACAUGAGUAAAGAAGAAUUCUUGAAGAUACAGAAAUGUGUUCUUAAAGUGAACAUACACUGUGACGGGUGCAAGCACAAAGUGAAGAAAAUCUUGCAGAAAAUUGAUGGGGUGUUUACCACAGAGAUAGAUGCUGAACAAGGGAAGGUGACGGUUUCAGGGAAUGUGGAUCCCAACGUUCUGAUCAAGAAGCUUGCAAAAUCUGGGAAACAUGCAGAACUCUGGGGUGCACCUAAACCCAACAACAACAACAAUAAUCAUAAUCAUAAUAACCAGAACCACCUUGCCGACCAGCUUAAGAACAUGCAAAUUAACAACCAUCCCAAAAGUGGUGGUGGUGGUGGAAACCACAACAACAAAGGUCAGAAUCAGAACCAACCCAAAGGUGGUGGUGGUGGUGGAAAUAGCCAAGCCAAGGGUGGUGGUGGUGGUGGUCAACAACAAGGACCAACUCCUCAACAACAACUUCAGCUGCAGCUCCAACAGCAGCAACGGCUUCAGCAACAGCUGCAACAACUUCAGCAGAUGAAAGGGCUUCAAGAUCUGAACCUUCCUCAAUUCAAGGACCUGAAACUUCCCCCUCACAAUCCCAACCCCAACGCCAAAGCCGUUAAGUUUGAUAUCCCAGAGGAAGAUGACGACUACACCGACGACGAAUUGGACGAUUUUGAUGACGAUGAUGACGACUUCGACGACGAGUUUGAUGAUGAUGAAAUGGACGACCUUCCUCCGAGUAAAAUGAAACCACCGCCCAUGAUGAUGGAUGCUCCUCCCAAGGCUGCCAACAAUGGCGGUGGUGGAGGCAAUAACGGGAGAAAAGGAGGAGGUCCUGUUCCUGUUCAAGUGCAUGGAAUCCCCGGCAAUGGAGGAGGAAAGAAAGGUGGUGGUGGUGGUGGUGGAAACAAUCAGAAUCAAGGUGGAGGUAACAAAAACAAUGGUGGUAAAAGUGGAGGUGGUGCCCCGGAGGGUAAACAUGGUGGUGGAGGAAACAAGAAUGGUAACGGUAACAACAACAACAACAACGGGGGUAAAAAAGUCAAUCCAAUGGGUGGAGUUGGGGUUCAACCUAUGAACGGUGGAUUCCAAAACAUGGGUGGUGGUCCCCACGUUAUGUCUGGGCCUAAUGUGGGGCCCAUGAGCAUGCCUAUGCCCAACAUUCCCGCCGUUCAAGGGCUUCCGGCCGGCCCCGUCAACGGCGGUGGGUUCUUCCAAGGCGCAGGUCCGGAUGCGAUGCCCGGUAACCCUUUCCAGCAGCAGCAGCAGCAGCAACAACAACAACAGUUACAGCAACAGUACAUGGCUGCUGCGAUGAUGAACCAACAACGCGCAAUGGGUAACGACAGAUUCCAGCCAAUGAUGUACGCGCGGCCCCCUCCUGCCGUCAAUUAUAUGUAUCCUCCUUACCCUUAUCCUCCUCCAGACCCUUACACCCACUUUUUCAGCGAUGAAAACACCUCAAGCUGCAAUGUUAUGUGAUCGAUGGUGGCGGUGCGAGCUUCUGAUUUCAGAUCUUCUAAUAUUAUUAUUAUUAUACCAAUGCAAAUGAGUUUUUAAUUUGUAGUAUCAUUUUCCAUUUUUCUUUCAUCCCUUUUAUUCCUCUUAAGUUAAAAUUAGGGGUUUUAGUUCACCAUAGGGGACUAGUUUAUAGAUUUUAUAAUACUAUCAUUAUUAUUAUUACUAUAAGAUUUUGAGUAGUAGAGGUAGUAGUAGUACUGUGAUAAGGUAAUAUGUCUAUAUGUGUUUAUAUGUUGCAAACAGAAAUAAAAAAAAUUGUUUCAGAACAGUAAAAAAAA